UCGGCUCGGCGGAGCUCGGCUCGGGGGGGCGGCGGCCGUGCCCCGGGCCCGGCGCUCCGUGAGGCGGUGCCGCCGCUCCCCCCCCCUCUCCCCCCCCCCCACUCCGCCCCGGCGGCCUUUGGACCCGGGGCGCGGCACCCCCAGCCCCGUGGUGCGGCGGGGAGCGGGAGGCGAACGGCAGCCGGCUCUGGGGGCGGAGGAGCAGCUCACCUGCCUUCCCGCUACUGCUGGGCCUCGACGCCCGGACCCCGCUGGGCCGCACAGGGCCACCACACACACCCCUCAGCGCCCCCCAAAACGGCUCUCCCGACCCCCCCGCCCCCAGGCAUGGCUGCCCCACAGCUCACUGAGAGCACCGUCACCGUGGAAGGCCAAACCCUCUUCUACCGCCAAGCCCAGCCGGCCCAGCGGGCACCGAAGCUGACGGUGCUGCUGCUGCACGGCAUUCGCUUCUCCUCCGACACCUGGCUUCAGCUGCAGACGCUUGCCACGCUGGCCGAAAACGGCUACCGAGCUGUGGCUAUCGACCUGCCGGGGCUGGGCCGCUCGAAGGAUGCCGUGGCCCCAGCGCCUGUGGGCCAGCCAGCACCGGGGGCUUUCCUGAAAGCGGUUUCGGAGGCUCUGUGCCUGGGUCCGGCCGUGGUGGUCAGCCCGUCGCUCAGCGGCAUGUACUCCCUGCCCUUCCUCCUCCAGCACAACCACCUGCUCAAGGCGUAUGUGCCCGUGGCGCCCAUCUGCACCGAGAAAUUCACAGCUGAGCAGUACGCCCAGAUCAAAACCCCCACGCUGAUCGUGUAUGGGGACAAGGACACGGAACUGGGGCAGGCCAGCCUGAACAACCUGCGGCACCUCCCCGAGCACCGGGUGCUGGUGCUGCAGGACGCCGGACACGCCUGCUACCUGGACAAACCCAGCGAGUGGCACCGCGGGCUCCUGGCCUUCCUGCAGCAGCUGGAGUGAGCAGCGUGGGCCGUGCGGAGGGGCCCACAGGGCAGGGGGACGUGGCCAGCCCACCCACCCCUCCGCCAGCACAUGCACCCUUGCACCAGCCCAGCUGCUCUCCUGGCAUCCCAGCCCUGCCUCUCCUGGGACCAAAUAAAACCCCAAGCUCUGC